AUCGCCUGCAUUAACUGGCAAUUAAUUACUCAUUAGGAAUAUUGCUUGAGGGCAGCAAAGAAGGGAGGAGAAAGCAUGGUCAUCUCUUAAGUGGAGAAAAGAGAACUCACUUCCUUGUUAUAUCAACACAUUAAUGAAGUCAGGCAGCCAGUUUUUCAUGAGAGAACAAAGUGAGUUGCUUGGUUUGGUCGAAGGAUUAGUAGGUCGAUCGGCCGGUUGAUCCAGUAGACCGUGCGUUUGACCGUUGGAGACGACCGUUAGUUGAGGCAACCGGCAAACUGAAAGAAAAAGGAAUACGAGAACGAGUUCCCGGGUGUUUUUUCGAAAACCUGAAGCGGAAAGGUUUUGUGUCCAUGGAGAUCAAAUCUCCCUUCUCCUCUAGGAGAGAAAAUUGUGGCUCCCCAACGUCGUCUCCUCCUACCCCUCCUUCCCCUCUGCCAGUGAGCACCGGCCCCGACCACCAGAGGUACUCCUUUUCUGCCUCCCCAUCACCGUCACCACCUUUCUCGCCUCCAUCCAGCCGCUCGUCGCCGCGAAACUCGCCGCAUUUCUUUGCAGAUCUGACAGAAUAUGCGCCUCUCCUUCGCAACAACUCGUUGCCCGUUGCCACAGCAACUUUUUCUCUCGACAGAGUAGUUGACAAGUUGGCAGCAGAGAGGUCCUUCUUCGAUGACUGCUUAAGGUGGCUUUUCCUAAGGUGCUGUUGCUGUUCCCGUUCUCCACUAUUCAUUUGAAAUUGGAUCUCAAAAGGAAGAAAUUAGAGAAGAAGCUAAAAAAGAGCUGUAUUCUUGCUUAUGAAGGAUACGCUGAGAGGCAUGCUGCGUGGCUAGAAGGAACCACACUACAUGGAGUAAAAGCCCACAUUUUCUGUGGCUCAUGAUUCAGCAACAUCUCGCUUACAGAUGGCCAUACUUCCACCUUAUUACGAAAAUAUUUUUCUGACGUUUUCGCCAGAAUUUCACGUCCUUCUUUACGUUGUAAUUUUAUUUUCUACUCAUAAAUUUCGUCGGCCAAAAGGCAAAGGAGAAACCUACUUUAUCACUAACCAUUGUCUUCAUAUAAUCAAAUGGCUUUUCUGCUUCA